AUGGCCGCCGCAUCCCCUCCUCCUCUCCUCCUCCGCCUCCUGACCCUAGCCCUGGCUCUCGCCGGGGCCACCGCGGGCAAGAUCUCGGGCCCCCGCACCCCCAUCUCGCGCGACAUCUACCACUCCAGUGACUCUCUUCUGCGUGAAAUCAAGGCUUUGGUUGCUCGGCAUUCCGACAAAUUGAGCAUGGACACUAUCAGAACAAGCAACAAAGGCUAUUCUGUGGAGCUGUUUGUAGUUACAUUUAAUCACUUGAAGGAGAAUAUGGAUAAUGGCUCAAAAGUUCAUAUCCUUCUGAGCUUUGGGCAGCAUGGCAGAGAACUUAUUACCUCUGAAGUUGCAUUACAUCUUCUCUAUAUUUUAACGGAGAAGCCUAAGAUCGCUGGUGUGGAUCUUUCAUCCUUUGAGAAACUGCUGGAGAACCUUGUAAUCAAAGUUGUGCCAAUGGAAAAUAUGAAUGGUCGCAAACGUGUCGAAGAAGGGGAACUUUGUGAUAGGAGAAAUGGAAGAGGAGUUGAUCUUAACAGAAAUUGGAGUGUUGACUGGGGAAUGAAAGAAAAGGACUACGACCCAUAUGAGGAGAAUCCUGGUAUUGCUCCUUUUAGCGAACCUGAGGCCCAGAUCAUGAGGGAACUAUCGAGGUCAUUUAAACCUCAUAUUUGGGUGAACGUGCAUUCUGGAAUGGAGGCCUUAUUCAUGCCAUAUGAUCACAAGAAUACCACACCAAAUGGAGCGUCUGCACAUUUGAUGCGGUCAGUCCUAGAGAAUUUGAACCGUCGCCAUUUCCAAGAUAGCUGCCUAGUUGGGUCAGGUGGUGGAUCUGUUGGAUAUCUUGCACAUGGUACAACAACUGAUUACAUGUAUGACAUUGCAAAGGUGCCAAUGCCGUUCACCUUUGAGAUAUAUGGAGAUGAGAAAGCAUCAACCGACGACUGCUUCAAAAUGUUCAACCCUGUUGACAAGAAAACAUUUGAUAGAGUCAUUAACAAGUGGUGCAUGGCAUUUCUCAUUCUUUUUGAGGAAGGCCUGCGAAACCUGCGCGAUGCGCAGAUAGUAUCACAAGUCACACUGGAAAACUGGGUCCCAAUUGGAGGCGACAUUGUCGAGAGAAAUGUGGAGCGGAAGAGUAGCCGUGACACGAGGAAACUGGAAGGCCUCGACCUUGGAAUGCAGGAGCUAAGGACAUACUUCCGGCUGUUUUUGCUGUCAACAUUCUUGUUGAUGUUCAUGUUCUGCACACGGAUAUCAAAGAACAGAAACAGAGACUCAGGUAACUUGUUUGAUCCUUGA